GGAACUCAUGUCUUGGAAGGUAGUGGGAAGAUGGUCGUCACGGCUGUAGGUCUCAACUCACAGACUGGACAGAUCUUCUCCCUCUUGCUUGAUGUCAAAGGUCAACGAGGCCAGAAACUGGAGAUGGAGGAAGCAGCCAUUGGCAAUAAUGACACUAAUAAUGUGCCAGUUGAUGGUAAGGCUGCUGAUGGCAACCUUGAUACAGAAGUUCCAGACACCACACCAGGGGAGGCCCCUCACGCUGGCAAGAAAAAGAUGGUCAUUCCAGAGAGGGAUGAGGGCAUGUCAGAGGGGAAAUCAGUGCUGCAGGGCAAGCUCACCAAAUUGGCCAUCCAAAUUGGAUAUGCAGGUUGUACUGUUGCUGUAGUGACCACAUUGGUCUUAAUUAUCAGAUUUUGCAUCGUGGAAUAUGGUAUUCACAAGCAAAGCUGGGACAACAGUCACCUACAGGAGUUUGUAGAUUUCUUCAUCAUUGGUGUGACUGUGUUAGUGGUAGCUGUUCCUGAGGGUCUCCCCUUGGCUGUCACAAUUUCAUUGGCAUAUUCUGUCAAGAAAAUGUUGCACGAUAACAAUUUGGUUAGGCAUCUGGAUGCCUGUGAGACAAUGGGUAACGCCACAGCCAUCUGCUCCGAUAAGACUGGUACUCUGACCACCAACAGAAUGACCGUUGUUAAGAGCUACAUCGGACAGAAGAUGUACAUAGAGACACCAGGUAACAGUGACAUUGACAGUGAGGCCAGACAUCUCCUGGUGGAAGGAAUCUCAGUCAACAGCAGCUACUCGUCUAGGAUUCUACCUGCAGAACAUCAGGGUGAAAUGCCUCGUCAAGUUGGCAAUAAGACAGAGUGCGCCCUCUUGGGUUUCGUCCUAGAUCUUCAUGAAGAGUACCAGCUUUCGAGGGAUAGAUGGCCAGUAGAGAAGUAUGCCUGUGUAUACACCUUCAACUCAGCCAGGAAGUCCAUGAGUACAGCCGUCCCUCUUGCAGAAGGUGGCUUCAGGCUAUACUCCAAGGGCGCUUCAGAGAUCAUGCUGUCAAAGUGUGAAUACAUUCUUGAUGAGUCUGGUCAGGCACAACCAUUUCCUGCCAGUGAUAAGGAGAAAGUUGUGAAGGAGGUGAUUGAGAAGUGGGCUAUGGAAGGUCUAAGGACUCUCUGUUUAGCCUACAGGGAUAUCACCAGGGACAAACCUACACCCCAGUGGGAGAUGGAGAGUACCGUAGUCAAGGAACUCACCUGUAUUGCUCUGGUUGGCAUCGAGGAUCCAGUCAGAAAUGAGGUUCCACCAGCCAUUGCAGACUGCCAGAGUGCAGGAAUCACAGUCCGUAUGGUGACUGGUGAUAAUGUGAAUACAGCACGCUCCAUUGCCGUCAAGUGUGGCAUCCUGAAGCCAGGAGAUGAUUUCCUGGUACUUGAAGGAAGGGAGUUCAACAAGAGAAUCACAGAAAAUGGAGUCAUCAAGCAGCAUCUGUUAGAUAAGAUCUGGCCCAAACUGAGGGUGUUGGCCCGCUCCUCACCUACAGACAAGCACACCUUGGUCAAAGGCAUCAUUGACAGUAAGCUAACGGCUAACAGGGAGGUAGUAGCGGUCACAGGGGAUGGAACCAACGAUGCACCAGCUCUCAAGAAAGCAGAUGUAGGAUUUGCCAUGGGUUUGGCUGGUACCGAUGUAGCCAAGGAAGCAUCUGAUAUCAUCUUAACAGAUGACAACUUCACCAGCAUUGUCAAGGCUGUUAUGUGGGGGCGUAAUGUCUACGACUCCAUUGCCAAAUUCCUCCAAUUUCAACUUACUGUCAAUUUAGUUGCUGUUACAGUAGCGUUCGUUGGAGCAUGCACAAUCAAUGAUAGUCCUCUGCGUGCUAUUCAAAUGUUGUGGGUUAAUCUCAUCAUGGAUUCAUUCGCCUCAUUGGCUCUGGCCACAGAGAUGCCCACUAACAGCUUACUCAAGCGCAGGCCCUAUGGUCGUACCAAGCCCCUUAUAUCUAGAAUUAUGAUGAGGAAUAUUAUAGGUCAUGCUGCCUUCCAGAUUGUUAUAAUAUUUACUAUUCUAUAUGCAGGUCCACAGAUAUUUGAUAUAGAUGAUGGUUCACAAGAGGGUCCUUCUGGAGCACCCACACAUCAUUUUACCAUUAUCUUCAACACCUUUGUACUAAUGCAAAUUUUCAAUGAAAUCAACUCGCGCAAAGUUCACGGCGAGCGUAACGUCUUCAAUAAUAUCCACACCAAUCCCAUAUUCCUCAUAGUUAUCAUUGGCACCUUAAUCACUCAAGUAAUAUUAAUACAGUUUGGUAGCAUAGUGUUCAGCUCAACGGGCUUGUCCCUAGAUGAGUGGAUGUGGUGUUUCUUCUUGGGUAUCUCCUCAUUGAUCUGGCAGCAGAUCAUUGCCUACAUCCCCACCAAGCAGCUACCCCGUAUCUGUGCGGUGGGUCGCAGCAGUGAGCCGGAGACGCUGCCCACCAUCACGCCGGUGGACGAAGACCAUCCGGACAGGGUGGAUCAUAAACGAGCACAGAUCCUGUGGAUGCGGGGGCUGACAAGACUUCAGCAACAGAUCCGUGUUGUGCACGCUUUCCAGUCAGGUCUCCAGCACCGUAUCGAGCGCAAGAGCCUGAGUAACUCGGUCCACGAGUUCAUGGCCCCUGAGAACAGCUAUGACAUUGAGACGACGAAGCAGAAUGAAGACGCCGCCCCCAUGGUGUCCUUCAGCACGGGUACUGGAACGAGCUAUGAGACCCAGUUAUAAGGGAGCUAGCCGUGCUGUCAAGGUGGAAUUACACAGGAUGAGCAGCUUGUGAAAAUGAGACACAGCAUCGGAAGUGUGAUGCAAACCUGCACAAGGUUGAGCGUCAUCUAGUGCAGUCGCACUAGCAAGGGACAAUAAUGCAAAGGUUUAGUGGACCACGGAGAUUUAGUACAAUAAGUCAGGAUGGCAAAGGUAGACAACUCAUGACAUCUUGCUGAUGACUUGUCCAGUGUGCCGUUGGUGGUGGUGGUGGUGGUGGAGAUACACUGUUUCCUGUAAAAUUAUAUAUCCAACAUUCAGUGUGCACUAUGGUAGCAGGUUUUCUAGUAUCUUUUCCUCUGUUCAUCAACUUUGCUUUGAUGACUUGAUAGCGAGUGUUUGUGAACCAGAGAUUAGAGUAGGGCAGUACACUAUUGGAUGAAUGGGUGACUUCAAGUUCAGUGUUGACCUUUUGGUGUUGGUGUUUGGCCAAUCUUUGUAUCAGCACAACACUAAACUUUGAAUGAAGCUAGUCUUGGGUCACAUCUCACUAGGUAAGGUGUUGAGCUAUAAAUAACGUGACAUGGAUCAUAUUGUAAACUUACAUUAAGUGUUGGAGCUAGGGAAGGCUGGUUGAUAAUGCAUUCAACAUGAGCACUGAACUUGAAAUCACCCGGUGUCUAGGAGUGGGCAUGGUCAAUGAUGGAGGUAUAUGACGCAACCCUAGUUGCCGUGUAUGUUCAUGUCAGUACAUAAACAUUUUGAUAUAAAAGUGGAAGCAUCUAUCAGGUCAAUAGUGUAAAUGUGUUAGUUUAUAAUAAACAUGACUAUAUAUACUUGAAUCUUAUAUAAAAACAGUAGCAUAUGAGUCACUCAGUAAGAAGUGAGUUUGAUGUUAUUCUUACUAUUUAUAACCUGAUUCAAAAGAAAACGAACUCCAAGGGGUGUGUGUAAGAAUUACUUGAACAGUCUCUUUUCAUUCUGGAUAUUGCCAUGGUGUGUAUCUGUGUAUAUAGUGUGUACAUAUAUACUGCCUCCUUAGCAAGAAUUAACAAAAGAAUAAAAAAAAUAUCACAAGUGUGAAAGCUCUAGAUGUCGUGCAGUAGCAUCAACGUGCAUUAAAGUAGAGUCUUGUAUUUGUCAUGUACUUGGUGUAUUACAAAACAUUGAAGGAACACAGUUGAAACAUGAAUCUAAUAUGUUGUCUUUCAUGAUAAUCUUUUUAAGUAAUAGUUCUUAUGUGUGAUCAUUCCCUAUUUAGACAUUUUUUCUUUGAUUAUCAGUUUCAUUUUUUUUCUUGUAGUGUUGUUGAGAAAAUUAGAGACUUCAGUCUUGGAUGAGAGCCAAGUAUACAUAGAAUCAAAUAGCAUGUAUGAAAGACUUAGUGUAAGAUUGUUUUCUAUACUGUCUUAUGUCAUUGGUUAUUUGAAGAAAAGACAGUAUUUGUUGCUUCUUCUUUUAUUUCAUGCUUAUUUCCAUAUGACAGUGAAUGGAUGACCUUUGAUACUUGGUAGAUUUGUAUAUACAUGAAAGAACAAUGAAGAUUCUGUUGAAUGCAAUGUAAAUUCAAUGUUUUUAUACUCGUUCUGAUUUUUACCAAGCACUCCUUCACUACAUACGCAGGAGUACGCGUAAGCUCACCUUUUUGCAUAAAAGCACAAGCUUGUAGAUAGCCAAUCUUUUGAAAUUAAGAAAAAAUGUUACCUCUGAUAUGAAAAUAAGAUGUGAAUAACUCAAUACCUCUGUCCAGAUAGUGGUAUGUUCCAUGGCAGAUGUUGACUCACAUGUGUUAAUAUUUCUAUUACGUUGUAUAUGGGGCAAGUAACCCUGCCUGCAAGACACAUGCGGAAGUCGGUAUUAAACACUCCCUCUUAUUGGUGUUGUGUACAUCAAAGCUCCAAUUUACCCUGAUAUGGCCCUGUGUUACGAGUCCUGAUGCCAGCCUGUGAGACUGUUUGUGACAUCUUAAGAGGGUAUUGGAGUAUUCGUGUUCUCCAUGUCUUUGCACUCAGAGUGUUAAACACAAGAACAAUUAAUGUGGAAUUAAAGUUCAACUCAAUUUUGUGGUAUUUGCCCUUCUUCAUAUCCAUGGAACCAAAACACAACCAGCAAAUAUGUCUUGAGGAAUUUUUUUUCUCAUUUCUAAUUGGAUUGAAAAAUAUUCACUUGGGUCCUUUCCUUCUUUUAUUGACUCCUUUGCUAUCUGUACAAAUAUGCACCCCUUAAAAUUAUGUAUACAAAAUUGUUUGAAAUAUACAUUCAUUAAAAAUAAUGACAUGUGUGAGAUUUGAAGCUGACAUGUGUUUGUUGACUGACAGUAAUAAUAUAUGAUUUAUACUUAAAUUGUUCUAUACUCUUGAUAAUAAUGUUACAAAGAAAUGUGUAAAUAUAUUUAUAUGUAUUCCAAGAAUUUUUGUGUAUGUAAAUGAAGCUGGGAAACCAAGAGAUGGCAUAUACAGUUGGGAUUGAUGCAUCAUAAAGUUUCAGCUAAAUAAGGAGAUCAUAAACUUUACACUAUAAAUCAUGGCUACUUUUUUUAAAUAUGUUCCUGCAAUGAAGCGAGAACAUCUAUGAGAUAUCUACAAAAUAUGAAAUUUCGUUCUCAGAAGUAAAAAAAAAAAACAUGUUUUUUUUUUCAUCAGAAUUGAUCGAUUGUGAAUAAUAUCCUGAUUGAUUUUUGUCUCACCUGCAUAGCAGAGUGAGACUAUAGGCGCCGCUUUUCCGACGGCGGCGGCGGCGGCGGCGGCGACGGCGACGGCGGCGGCGACGGCGGCGGCGGCGUCAACACCAAAUCUUAACCUGAGGUUAAGUUUUUGAAAUGACAGCAUAACUUAGAAAGUAUAUGGACCUAGUUCAUGAAACUUGGCCAUAAGGUUAAUCAAGUAUUACUGAACAUCCUGCCUGAGUUUCAUGUCACAUGACCAAGGUCAAAGGUCAUUUAGGGUCAAUGAACUUAGACCAUGUUGGGGGAAUCAACAUCAAAAUCUUAACCUAAGGUUAAGUUUUUGAAAUGUCAUCAUAACUUAGAAAAUAUAUGGACCUAGUUCAUGAAACUUAUACAUAAGGUUAAUCAAGUAUCACUGAACAUCCUGCAUGAGUUUCACGUCACAUGACCAAGGUCAAAGGUCAUUUAGGGUCAAUGAACUUUGGCCAAAUUGGGGGUAUCUGUUGAAUUACCAUCAUAACUUUGAAAGUUUAUGGAUCUGAUUCAUGAAACUUGGACAUAAUAGUAAUCAAGUAUUACUGAACAUCCUGUGCAAGUUUCAGGUCACAUGAUCAAGGUCAAAGGUCAUUUAGGGUCAAUGAACUUUGGCCAAAUUGGGGUAUUUGUUGAAUUACAGCCAUAAAUUUGAAAGUGUGUUGGUCUAGUUCAUAAAACUUAGACAUAAUAGUAAUCAAGUAUCACUGAACAUCCUGUGCGAGUUUCAGGUCACAUGAUCAAGGUCAAAGGUCAUGUAAGGUCAAAGAACUUUGGCCACGUUGGGGGUAUUUGUUGAAUUGCCAUCAUAUCUCUAUAAGUGUAUUGGUCUAGUUCAUAAAACGUGGAAAUAAGAGUAACCAAGUAUCACUGAACAUCUUGUGCGAGUUAUAGUAGUUUUCAAAAUCAGCACUGCUGCUAUAUUGAAUCGCGUGAUGCAGGUGAGACGGCCAGAGGCAUUCCACUUGUUUUACUUAUUGCUGGCAUAUAUGAGCCAUUUUUUUUCUUAAUAUUUUUAUUCUUCAAAAUUGUAUAAAUUGUUUGACCAGGAAAUGAGGGGUGCCACUUGGAGAAGUGAUCUGUAUCUGCAUUGGUGAAUAUCAUAAUUCAAUUUAAUUUCAUACACUCAUUUGGAAAUAAUACAAUCUCAUGUUGGUCUGUUUUGAAUAAUGAUUUUGCUUGAUAAAUGUGGCUUGAAUAGUACUGUUGAGAUACACAAGUUUAAUGUCAUACCAUAAGUUUUGAGUGUGUGAUAUUAUAAUAUGUGGAAGAAGAAAUAGAGACAUUUUUAAAGCAUAAGCUGUGUGUUCAUUUCAUUUCUUACUAGGAGAAGAACAGCACAUGGUAGUUAAUUUAUUUACUGAGCUUAUGAAUGUGUAUUAUUUCUGAUUAUUAUAGUGUAUAAACAGUUUUAGGAAAGGUAUGCACAUUUUCCAUUAUGUUUUGAAUCAAAGCUAAAGGACUGUCCUUCUCUUUCAUUUAGACAUCUCUUUC